CUAAGAGGGCACCUCCCUUCAUUUUCAUAUUCAUAAAUAGCAGCAUUAAAAUCCCCCUAUUAUGACCCAACUAUCAUCUCUACUACUCCGAAGAGAGCUUAAGUGCUCCCAAAACUCCUUCUACCAACAACCGUAGUCGGGGCAUGGACAAAAGUACAAAAGAACUUCUUCCCCAUGUCGAUGCUAACAUCCAUAUAAUACUUAUCACUACUGAUUACAUUAAUACUAAUACCCUCUUUCCACCAUAAAGCGAAGCCCCUAGAAGAGUUGAUCGGUUCUACAUACUCUUUAUUGGGAAAAGCUCUAAGACUUCUCCUAUGUUCUUCCUUGAAUUCUUCAUUGUUGCUAGUUUCCAUAAGGAAGACAAUAGAAGGGCCAUGACGUCGAAUAAGACGCUUAGCAUAACUUCUCGUAAGGGAUUGGCCAAAUCCCCUACAAUUCCAACUUACAAUACUCAUGGAUCGUGAGGUGGCUUUUGGCGAACCAUCGCUGCCCUUGUGUCACUUUCUUCUCCAUCCCCUAUGCCUUCACUUGUCGAUUGAGCUUUGUUCCUUUGGUGCUUCUUCUUCUUACUCCUUCCUUUCACUCCUCCUGCAAACAUAGAGCUCGAUGGGCUCAAAGUAAAUCCAGACCCUUCAUUAACCCCCUGGCCCACUUCUCCUGGGCUUAGGAUAGAUUGGCCCUUUCUUUUCUUAAAAUUUUGACCCAUAUCUCCUUCCAGCUCCCCUUGAAUGUGUUGGUAUGGACUCUGGGCCUGGGUGUUGAAUGGCAUGGGCUCCAGGUCAAUUCUUGGGCAGGCCUGUGAGGUGGGGUUGCUACGUAAUAUCAAUGCAGUCAAAAGCGAGUUUUAUGCAGAAACGUUUUGGCGAUCUAGAAGUGUAAAAUCGUAAGUUUUUAAGUUCUAAAGCGGAGUUUUUAACUACAUAAGUUAUAAAAACUGAGAUUUUGUGUAGAAGCGUUUUAGUGAUCUAGAAACGUUAGGUAGCGUACGCCACAUAGAGUUUUACUAUUUAGACCAUGAUUUAACCGGAGUUUGGGGCAUAAUACUAUACCCUAACCUCUAAUGGAUGAACCACAAUCCCUAAUUUUCUAACUCAAACCAUGAGAUUCGUUUAAUCUUAAAAAGAAAAUCAAUGAUAAUUUCGACGAAUCAGAAGCGUUAAUUUUCAUUUUAAAAUUAAACGAAUCUCAUGCUUUGAGUUAGUGAAAAAGGGAUUGAGAUUUAGUCAUUAGGGAUUAGGAUAUAGUAUCAUGUCAUAAAUUCCGGUUAAUUCAUUGUCUAAAUAGCAAAACUCAAUAGGGCGUACGCUAGGUUACUGUACGCCCGGGCGUACGCUAGAAUGUGGUAUAAGAUAGUUGUUCUUGUUACUAUGUGGUAUUAAUUAUAAGAUUUAUUGGUAAACCUGGUCUCUAAAAAAAUUUGGCUGGAAAUUGGGAUCAACUGUUUGUUCACAGUUCUACCAUCAAUGCUCUGCUCUUUCAUAUUGCAGUAUUUGUGGAGAAGAUAAUAAGAAUCCAACCCAAUGCGAAGAAGCUCUACCUUCUCUUGAGAGCUUCCAAUUCAUCCUCCGCCGAUAAGCGCUUCCACGACGAGGUAAUUAGCUAUUCAUGGAAUUCUUUGCCUGCAUGCACGUUGGAUUUGCAUUUCUUUCAGUUUUUCAAUAAUGUAUAAUCAAUGGAAGGUGAAUAGGGAUGGCAAUGGGUCGAGACUAGUUGGGUAAAUUUGAUUCAAUUGUCAUGGUUCAUAUGGGUAUUGGGUUGGAUCCAAAUGAACUGAUUAUUGGAUCUGAGCGUUGGAUUGGAAUUGAGUCUGAUUUGGGUCAACUCAUUUUGAUCCGACCUAAACGAAUCUAUUUAUCGGUGCUUGGGAAGGAGGUGUUUAGGGUUUUGAAGGAUGAACGGGGAGCAGGCUUCCAGUCGUUCAUUUCAGAGAAAGUGGUGGCUGUUGCUGGAGACGUUUCUUCUGAGGAUUUGGGGAUAGUGGACCUCCAUUUGAAGGAAGAAAUCCUCAAGGAAACUGACUUGGUUCUUAAUUUUGCAGCCAUCACCAAAUUUAACGAAAGGUUCACUUUAUACCACAAUUGAUCUUUUUUUGUUUUCAUUUUGUUCAAGAUCUACAUGUUGUCAGGGAAACCGUAUGGAAACCGUAUGGAAGAGAACGAUUGAAGGCGUGAUUAGAUCACUCUCCUUAGAGUGUUUAUUUGCCCCCACUACUUUGUUGCUGGUAGGAUUUAGGUAAACCACCCCCAGGAGUCCCUCCAAUCAAAGUCAGAAAGCAGCACCUUUCUUGACUUCUGUGUUUGUGUUUUUGAAGAAGGAAAAACCAGGAGAAGAAGAAGAACGUUGGAACAGAAAUUCGGCUGCAGAAGACUUUUAUAGUGAAAAUGGCAGUUCCCUUCCGAACGGUUGCGUCGUUUCAAAUAAUUAAUUAGCCAAUAACUAAGUGCGUAGUGCGAUUUAAUAUGUCCAAUUAAAUAGCCGACACUUUUUUCAAAAGCCCACUAACCACUUUAUCCAAUAACUAAAGUGGAAAGCAAACUUAAAAACAACUUGCACUUUCUUUCUCCCACCAAUGUGGUAUUUCGUUUACUAUUUGACUACUCUAACACAUGUUACAGUUUCCUCGUGUUCAUAUUACUUUGGCUGGCAUUUGAUCAUUUUAAGGUACGAUGUCACGCUUGGGACAAAUACUUCUGGAGCUUUGCACGUGCUCAACUUCUCUAAGAAAUGUGCCAAAAUCAAGUUGCUUGUCUCUGUCUCAACUGUUAAUUCAAUAAAGCAAGUGAAUCAUGCAUGCAAAAACGAAACAAUACAAACUUUUGAAUAUGAAAAAAACAUGAAGGGUAACAGAUGAAGAUGGCUUGACUAGAUUGGUCUUUCACUUUUAUGAAAACAACGAUUACUGAUGAAAAAGACGAAAAAAAUGUCCUAAAAUUCAUAUUAUUGAAACAAAAUGGCAUGGUAUGAAAAUUCGGAUAACCAAAACCAGACUGGUUUUAUAGGCUUAUCAAUUUUUCGUUAAUGGGUAAAAAGCGAUAAGCCUUUAACAAUUUCGGCUAAACCGAAAAAUCGUUAAUGAACAUAUAUAAAAAACCGAUAAGCCAUAACUUAACCAAAGGGUGCAUUUUUUCCCAGUUUUUCGGUUGAUUCUGACGAAAAUGAAUCACUCAAGAGUUCAUUAAUUUAUGGUAACGAAAAAUAAUAAGUUUUUAACGAUCUCAAUUUUGAUUUCUAAUGUUUUUUUUUCGAUUAACCGAACCGAACCGCUAUCUCUAACGUCAUGUCACUCAUAUGAAUUUGAGGACUAAAUAUUUGUUUGUUUCAAUAUGACAAGCAUAUGUUUGUGGGGAAGCGCCGGGGACUCUAAUGGAGAAGCCGUUGAGCCUGGGAAAAGCCGCAAGAGGAAGAAAAUGAGCUUGUCGCAAAACGGCUGCAUCAACUCCAUUCCCAAAACCUCUGCCAUGCAAAAUCUCGGCCUCGAAAGGGCACAUUACUAUGGGUGGCCUAACACCUACACAUUUACAAAAGCAAUGGCGGAGAUGGUUAUUGUGGAUUGGUGGGUUCGUGAAUUGGAUUAGGGAUGAUAAACGGUUAGUUGAUUUUCGAUUUUAAUCGAUAACCAAACUGAUAACUGAAUUAUUAGUGGUUCGAUUUCGGUUAGUGGUUAAUUACUAACCACUAAUCAGUUAGUUGUUAACCAAUAAGAAAAUUAAUAACCGCCUACUAGUAUAACCACAUAUUUGGAAAUUUUCUAAGGGGCAAAAUUUAAAGAUUCAAAACCAACACAAUUUGCAACUCAAUUCACACCAAUUGCAAAAAACGCUCCACCCAAAGUCUCAAAUAUGUAUAAGAGUAAGAAUCUAAAAGUCACGCUUCUCUGAUUCUUCAUUGUUGCCGACAGAACGAACCUCGCACCCUAUCUAUGUUUCUUUGGUGUUUUCGAAUGAUCUUGUGGUGCUUAUGUUUGAUAUAUCUUGCUAGUUGGUACUUGCUAAUUGAACGAAGACGUUUGAUUAUUCUUAAUUUUAUGUGUUGGAAUUUGAAUUUUAAAUUCACGAUAGGUGUUGUAUUGCAUUAAUGUUAUUUCUUAUAAUUAUGAUUUUAUGUUAACAAUUUAGAAGUGCAGUUAAAUUAUUUUAGAAUAUUUGUAUGAUUAUAUUUUAUUAUAAACAUGGACACCAUACAAAAUUUUAAAAUAACAAAAUAAAAUUUUGCCAUGUGGAGAUUGGUAUUGGUUAAUGGUUAACUACCAAACUAAUCGCUGACCGAAUUGAUAAUAAGCGUUAACUGAUAAGUCUUAUCGAUUUGGAUUUUCCGUAUGCAUCUUUUGCUUAGUGUUAACCCAACCGAUUAUCACCCCUUGACUAGAUUAAUGGAUAUUUGAUGAUUAAAAUUUAGUACCUAUACUUUUUAUUUUUUACAUUUUGAUACCUAAAUUAUAUUUUUACGUAAAAUAUCAUUGAUAAAUUAUUUUUUGGUUCUAAAUUUUUUUACUAUAACAUUUUAGUACCUAAACUUUUCAAAAUUUACAUAUUAGUCCAAUGUUCAGAUAUCACUUGGAUCCAUAAAUCCACCAUUACAUUCGAUCCAAACCCAUAAAUCCACCUAUCCUCCAAUCUAUUUGCUACCUCUGUCUCCACCCGAUCUUGUCACAUUACGGAGACUAUUUCUCUACUAAUUUAGUUAAAGAUGCGCAUUUUCAAAUACUGAAAGAAACUACACUCCUUAUAUACAGAACGGUGGAUGGAGUACUUGUGAGCUAUGCCAAAGGAAGGCUGAAAUGCCUCGCCCAUAAACCAGAAGUCGUUCUUGAUUUGGUACGUGGGUUCUCGAUCGUUCUUCUGCAAUCCUCGAUCAAUCACUUCUUCGAUAGAUUGUUCUUUCUUUUGCAAACGAAUCGAUCAAUCUUAAUCGCAUAUGCAGAUACCAGCUGACAUGGUGGUGAAUGCAAUCAUUGGGGUCAUGGGGAUGGCAUUUGCAGAGCAGCAUUUGGAUCUAAUUUACCAUUUAAGUUCUUCAAUGAAGAACCCGAUAAAGGUAUCAGAUAUUCACGAUUUCAUGUUUACAUUCUUUACUAAAUAUCCGUGGAGAGAUCGCCAUGGCAAGGAAGUGCAGGUUGCUAAGCUCACCAUUUUUAGCUCCAUGGCUUGUUUCCAUGUUUACAUGGCCAUUCGUUUUCAACUCCCAUUGAAGGUUUGAUCCUUUUCCCUAUUUUCUAGCUAGCAAAGGUGAUUUCUCUUCAAAGCAUGCCAUAUGUUUUUUUUUUUUUUUUUGUGGUAAUAGAUACUGGGCUUACUG